UUCUGAUCCCGGUCUUGUGACGUCAUCGCCCUUGCACCGGAGCAGGAAGUGCCGGCGGUCGAUGGGAAUCAGUCUCUAAACAACCUUCUGUUUUUGCUGCGUACUUUCAUGCUUUACCUAGCAAACAUGUAACAGUACAUGCUCAAAAGGAACCAUAAUUCACCGAACUAGACCUGAGCUCAAACCCAUGUCGGCCGGGACACUCUAGCGGUGGCAUUGAGACUCAUUUACCGGAGGAGAGAUGAAGGAGUUGCGGGGCUGCGGCAUGCGGAGCGCCGUCGGGUUCCUCUCCCGCAGGACGAUCGGCGGACAGCCGAAGCUGAAGGAUGAGUUCCAGCGACGCAGACUGGCUGGGUGCAACAGCCUCUUCAAGAAGGACAUGCUCGGCCACUUCGGCUGCGUCAACGCCAUCGAGUUCUCCAACAAUGGAGGCCAGUGGCUGGUGUCCGGUGGAGAUGACCGCAGGGUGUUGCUGUGGCACAUGGAGAAAGCAAUACACUCACGGGCCAAACCGAUCAAGUUGAAGGGGGAGCACCUGUCCAACAUUUUCUGCCUGGCGUUUGACAGCACCAACAAGCGUGUUUUCUCAGGAGGAAACGAUGAGCAGGUGAUUCUGCACGAUGUAGAGCGCGGCGAGACGCUCAACGUCUUCUUGCAUGAUGACGCUGUGUACGGUCUGUCCGUCAGUCCUGUGAAUGAUAACGUCUUCGCCAGCUCUUCUGAUGACGGCCGAGUUCUCAUAUGGGACACACGAGAACCUCCACAUGGAGAACCGUUCUGCUUGGCCAACUACCCAUCAGCGUUUCACAGCGUGAUGUUUAACCCUGUAGAACCCCGUCUGCUGGCCACUGCAAACUCUAAAGAGGGGGUGGGACUGUGGGACAUCCGCAAACCCCGCAGUUCCCUGUUGCGGUAUGGAGGGAGUUUGUCUCUUCAGAGUGCCAUGAGCGUGCGCUUUAACAGCACGGGGACGCAGCUGCUGGCUCUGCGCAGACGUCUGCCCCCCGUCCUGUACGAGCUCCACUCUCGUCUGCCCAGUUUCCAGUUUGAUAACCAGGGCUACUUCAACUCCUGCACUAUGAAGAGUUGCUGCUUCGCUGGAGACCGAGAUCAGUACAUCUUGUCUGGCUCAGAUGAUUUUAACCUUUACAUGUGGAGAAUCCCCAGUGACCCUGAAGCAGGAGGUGCGGGUCGAGUGGUGAACGGGGCCUUUAUGAUUCUGAAAGGUCAUCGGUCCAUCGUGAAUCAGGUCCGAUUCAACCCUCACACGUACAUGAUCUGCUCCUCCGGUGUGGAGAAGGUCAUUAAGGUAUGGAGUCCGUAUCAACAACCAGAUAGUCUUGGAGAUUUGGAAGGCCUGGUGGAGGACAAAUCUCGCUCUCUCUACACUCAUGAGGAAUACAUUAGCCUGGUCCUCAACAGCGGAAGUGGCCUGUCACAUGAUUACGUUAGCCAAUCAGUGCAGGAGGACCCGCGAAUGAUGGCUUUCUUCGACUCGCUGGUUCGCCGUGAGAUUGAGGGUUGGAGCUCAGACUCGGACAGCGAUUUGAGCGAGGGUGCGAUUCUGCAGCUGCACGCGAGAACUCGACGGUCCACGCGCUCCACGCGAUCCAUGCCACAAUCUCCUCCUAAUGUGUCCGCCACUCACGUCAGCGACUCUGACCACUCCUCUUCAUCCUCAUUGGCUGGACCAGAAGCGUCCGGGAGCGAGCGGGCCGAUCAGGACCAGAACGGGUCGCAGAGGAGCCGCUCGAGGCCACGUGCAUCUGCGUUUCUGCUGGACCUUGUGAACGAGGACUCCGAUUCCAGCGGGUUCUGGUUGGAUCCGAUGCCCCGUCCCAGAUCUCCAAGUCCACACGAGAACUCGAGCCUUUCUAGCCACGCCUCCUCAGCAGGCGUGGCCUCCAGUUCUAGCUCCUCCCCCAGCUCGUCUUCUAGCUCCUCCUCCAGCUCAGACGGAGUUGACGAGGAGCUGCGCAGGAGCAGGAUGCGACAGCGCAACGCAGCCAGGUGGAGGCGCAACAUUGGCCUUUCUGGAAGAGAAUCUGCUCACAAUCUUCACGGUGCAACAGAUUUCUCCAACUAUCCCAGCAUUUCCGUCCAUGAUCGGUCAUCACCCUCUUCGUCCUCAGGCGACGAAGGUCGACCUUUCAGGAAUCGUGGAAAAGCAAAGAAGAGUCAUGUCUCAAGUCCCACGCACUUAUCCGACAGACAGUCACAAUCGCAGUCCAGGAGUAGGCGCCGCAUCACUUCCUCUUUCUCGGCUGGUGACGCCCCUGUGGAGAGGGCGAAAUCUCGAGUGGGCUUUCUCGCAGAGUCUGGGGAGGAACUAGAGCGAGGGAGAACUAGCGGGGAAGAGUUAAGUGCUGUGGAAGAAAUAAACGUGACACUCAGCAGUCGCGCCACAACGGCCGGGGUUAACGGACGUCCGCACGCAGAUGAGAACCUUGCAGACUCUAUUCACCCAGAAUGCUCUGGGGCAGACACAGAACUCAGUAAGAACUCUGGCGACUCCAGGACCCAGGGGGAGCCCUCUGGAAGGGAGUCCGCCAGUGUUGCCGGGAAACGGACUUGUACGGACUCAGGAGACGAGGAGGAUUCUCCAUCGGAGAAGAGGGCGAAAAUGUGGUGAUGUCACAGCCCAACUCACUGGCUCAGUCAAACUUAUUUUGAGUUGUUCAUUUUUGGACUCUUUCAAGGUCUUUUGGUUUAAUUUCUGAACCAACUCCUUUUAUCUGAUGUCACACCACAGGGAUGACACUAAAAAAGAUAUUAGUGAUAUUAAUAUGUUAUUGGAAGAAAAAAAAUGUCUUUUUGUUUCAUAAUGUUUUAGUUCCACUGAACCUGUAACCUUUAUGUUAGGGGUCCUGGUUUGGUUUUGGGCUGUGAGAAGAUAAGAGAUUUGAGAGCAUUUCUAUAAGAAUGCCUGUUGUGAGGGAGGGGGGAGGGGGCAUUGUUUCCAUGGUAACCUCAUUGAACAGCAACUGUUUGAGUUGUGCAUUAAAGUUCUGUUCCAGUGUUUCCAUAGAAA